CCGAUCCGUGCAAAAACAACAAGCGGCUGCUUCGGGGAGACCCAGAACGGCUCCGGGGGUGGGGGGAGAAUCGGGAGCGGUUUGUGCCAGCAGCUCCCACCCCGCAGUCCUCGCAUCGCCCCCAAGAGACAUUGGGGGGGAGCACCGACAGCCCCCGGCGCAGCUGCUGCUCCUUGUUUAGAGCAGCCUGUUAAUGCUCUGUGAGCAUUGCCCCAUGGAACCAUGGGCAGGAAGCGGCUAAUCACAGACUCCUUCCAAGUGGUGAAGAAGAGGAAAAGAGACAGUAAGGAAACAAAGAAGGCUCAGAGCCCGCUGCAUGACGCAGUGACAGUCCAGGCAGUCCAAGAUGCUGCACAUCCAGACCAGCUGGAGACACUAAAGCAAUUUGACCUCAGCUGGCAGUAUGGCCCCUGUACAGGAAUCACCCGUUUGCAGCGCUGGGAGAGGGCAGAGUUACUGGGUCUCAACCCCCCUGCUAUGGUGCGGGAAUUGCUAGAGAAGCACAACAAGGACCCUCUCGUUACAUACAGCCUGUGGCAUGGAUAUUGCCUCUGAGAGGAAAAUGUGAUGGUAUCUCAGCCUGAGAAGUCCCUGAGUUUUGACAGUAUUGGAGAACUCCUUCAUUCCUAUCGUGGAGAUUCUGUGCUUGGACGUAACAGCCCUAAAAAGAUGCCAAGGUCUACUAGCUGGUCUCCACUUAUGGGUUCUGGCCCUAAUCAAAGCUUCUUAGGGAGUACUUAGAUGGCUGAGGUCAAAUGAAGGUGAGGAUUGAUUGGGAUCAAUAUGCUGUGCUGGGGAAAAGAAUCCCCAAAACUAGGUGACUAGUUCUUGGAAGCCAAGCUUAGUAUGGCACUGCAUCCUGUUUAUUUUACUGUUGUGUGCUCUUUGCAAACUUGCUUGGUUUGUUGAAUUGGCUUUCAAGUUAAUUGACUGAGAAAUAAAACACUUGCACAUCCAA